GUUGGUUCGCUCUCUCGCUCGCUCUCGGCUGCCGCUCUUGCUGCGGCUGCGGCUGGGGCUGGGGGCGGCGGCGGCGACGCGGGCGGCGGGCGGCGCGGGGCGGUCCGGCGGGUUCAAAGAGGAAAACAUGGCGGAAAACAAAGGCGGCGGCGAGGCUGAGAGCGGCGGCGGGGGCAGCGGCAGCGCGCCGGUAACUGCCGGGACCGCCGGGCCCGCGGCGCAGGAGGCGGAGCCGCCUCUCGCCGCGGUGCUGGUGGAGGAGGAGGAGGAGGAAGGCGGCAGGGCCGGCGCGGAGGGCGGCGCAGCCGGGCCCGACGACGGGGGGGUGGCCGCGGCCUCCUCGGGCUCGGCCCAGGCUGCUUCAUCCCCUGCGGCCUCAGUGGCCCCUGGAGUUCCCGGGGGCGCGGUAUCGACGCCGGCUCCAGCUCCAGCUUCGGCUCCCGCUCCGGGUCCCUCCGCGGGGCCGCCUCCUGGACCGCCAGCCUCGCUCCUGGACACCUGCGCCGUGUGUCAGCAGAGCUUGCAGAGCCGGCGUGAGGCGGAGCCCAAGCUGCUGCCCUGUCUUCACUCCUUCUGCCUGCGCUGCCUGCCCGAGCCCGAGCGCCAGCUCAGCGUGCCCAUCCCGGGGGGUAGCAACGGCGACAUCCAGCAAGUUGGUGUAAUACGGUGCCCAGUAUGCCGCCAAGAAUGCAGACAGAUAGACCUUGUGGAUAAUUACUUUGUGAAAGACACAUCUGAAGCUCCUAGCAGUUCUGAUGAAAAAUCAGAACAGGUAUGUACUAGUUGUGAAGACAAUGCAAGUGCAGUUGGCUUUUGUGUAGAAUGUGGAGAGUGGCUGUGUAAGACAUGUAUCGAAGCACAUCAAAGAGUAAAAUUCACUAAAGAUCACUUGAUCAGGAAGAAAGAAGAUGUCUCAGAGUCUGUUGGAGCAUCUGGUCAACGCCCUGUUUUCUGCCCUGUACACAAACAAGAACAGUUGAAACUUUUCUGUGAAACAUGUGAUAGACUGACAUGUAGAGACUGUCAGCUAUUGGAACACAAAGAACAUAGGUACCAGUUUUUGGAAGAAGCUUUUCAAAAUCAGAAAGGUGCAAUUGAAAAUCUACUGGCUAAACUUCUUGAGAAGAAGAAUUACGUUCAUUUUGCAGCUACUCAGGUGCAGAAUAGGAUAAAAGAAGUAAAUGAGACUAACAAACGAGUAGAACAGGAAAUUAAAGUGGCCAUUUUCACCCUUAUCAAUGAAAUUAAUAAGAAAGGAAAAUCUCUCUUACAGCAGCUAGAGAAUGUUACAAAAGAAAGACAGAUGAAGUUACUACAGCAGCAGAAUGACAUCACAGGCCUUUCCCGGCAGGUGAAGCACGUUAUGAACUUCACAAAUUGGGCAAUUGCAAGUGGCAGCAGCACAGCACUACUGUACAGCAAGCGACUGAUUACUUUUCAGUUGCGUCACAUUUUGAAAGCGCGGUGUGAUCCUGUCCCUGCUGCUAAUGGAGCAAUACGUUUCCAUUGUGAUCCCACCUUCUGGGCAAAGAAUGUAGUCAAUUUAGGUAAUCUAGUAAUAGAGAAUAAACCAGCUCCUGGUUAUACUCCUAAUGUAGUAGUUGGGCAAGUUCCUCCAGGGACAAACCACAUUAGUAAGACCCCUGGACAGAUUAACUUAGCACAGCUUCGACUUCAGCACAUGCAACAACAAGUGUAUGCACAGAAACAUCAGCAGUUGCAACAGAUGAGGUUGCAGCAACCACCAGCACCUGUACCUACUACAACAACAACAACACAGCAGCAUCCUAGACAAGCAGCCCCUCAGAUGUUACAACAACAGCCUCCUCGAUUGAUCAGUGUGCAAACAAUGCAAAGAGGCAACAUGAACUGUGGAGCUUUUCAAGCCCAUCAAAUGAGACUGGCUCAGAAUGCUGCCAGAAUACCAGGGAUACCCAGGCACAGCGGCCCUCAAUAUUCCAUGAUGCAGCCACACCUCCAAAGACAACACUCAAACCCAGGGCAUGCUGGACCCUUUCCUGUAGUAUCGGUGCACAACACCACAAUCAACCCAACAAGCCCUACUACAGCAACUAUGGCAAAUGCAAACCGAGGCCCCACAAGCCCAUCUGUUACAGCAAUAGAGCUAAUUCCCUCAGUUACCAAUCCAGAAAACCUUCCGUCACUGCCAGACAUUCCACCCAUACAGUUGGAAGAUGCUGGCUCAAGUAGUUUAGAUAAUCUACUAAGUAGAUACAUCUCAGGCAGUCACCUACCCCCACAGCCUACAAGCACCAUGAAUCCUUCCCCAGGACCCUCUGCCCUUUCUCCAGGAUCAUCAGGUUUAUCCAAUUCUCACACACCUGUGAGACCCCCUAGUACUUCUAGUACUGGCAGUCGAGGCAGCUGUGGGUCAUCAGGAAGAACUGUUGAGAAGACAAGUCUUAGUUUCAAAUCUGAUCAAGUGAAGGUCAAGCAAGAACCUGGGACUGAAGAUGAAAUAUGUAGCUUUUCAGGAGGUGUGAAACAAGAAAAAACAGAGGAUGGCAGGAGGAGUGCUUGCAUGUUGAGCAGUCCUGAGAGUAGCUUGACACCACCUCUCUCAACCAACCUGCAUCUAGAAAGUGAGUUGGAUACAUUGGCAAGCCUGGAAAACCAUGUGAAAACUGAACCUACAGAUAUGAACGAAAGCUGCAAACAGUCAGGGCUCAGCAGCCUUGUUAAUGGAAAGUCCCCAAUUCGAAGCCUCAUGCACAGGUCAGCAAGGAUUGGAGGAGAUGGCAACAGCAAAGAUGAUGACCCAAAUGAAGACUGGUGUGCUGUCUGCCAAAAUGGAGGGGAUCUCUUGUGCUGCGAAAAAUGUCCAAAGGUCUUUCAUCUAACUUGUCAUGUUCCAACACUACUUAGCUUUCCAAGUGGGGACUGGAUAUGCACAUUUUGUAGAGAUAUUGGAAAGCCAGAAGUUGAAUAUGAUUGUGAUAAUUUGCAACAUAGUAAGAAGGGGAAAACUGCGCAGGGGUUAAGCCCCGUGGACCAAAGGAAAUGUGAACGUCUUCUGCUUUACCUCUAUUGCCAUGAAUUAAGUAUUGAAUUCCAGGAGCCUGUUCCUGCUUCGAUACCAAACUACUAUAAAAUUAUAAAGAAACCAAUGGAUUUAUCCACCGUGAAAAAGAAGCUUCAGAAAAAACAUUCCCAACACUACCAAAUCCCAGAUGACUUUGUGGCUGAUGUCCGUUUGAUCUUCAAGAACUGUGAAAGGUUUAAUGAAAUGAUGAAAGUUGUUCAAGUUUAUGCAGACACACAAGAGAUUAAUUUGAAGGCUGAUUCAGAAGUAGCUCAGGCAGGGAAAGCAGUUGCAUUGUACUUUGAAGAUAAACUCACAGAGAUCUACUCAGACAGGACCUUCGCACCUUUACCAGAGUUUGAGCAGGAAGAGGAUGAUGGUGAGGUAACUGAGGACUCUGAUGAAGACUUUAUACAGCCCCGCAGAAAACGCCUAAAGUCAGAUGAGAGACCAGUACAUAUAAAGUAAAAUGACAUGGAUUAAAAUCAAUUGUUUUUUUUUUUUUUUUUAAAAAAAAGACAUAAAACAAAAAACUUUUAAGUGUUGCUGGAAUAUCCUGCCUAUAGUGGGCACCUCCUUGAAGAAGCUGAUAGCUUUUUACACAGUAUUAGAUUGAAAUAAUGGACAGAAACACAUUCUUGUCAAGAAAGGGGGAGAGAACUCUGUUUGCAACUUUAAAAGCAAAAGUGAAAUGAUUCAAGGAUUUCUCUUUUAAUGAAGAUGAUUCUCUGAUUGUUAGAAAUAGCAAAUGUUCCCAGGAGGUGGAGGUUGCAGUGAGCCAAGAUCACGCCGCUGCACUCCAGCCUGGCGAAAGAACGAGACUCUGUUUCAAAAAAAAAAAAAAAAAAAAAAAAAAAAAUGUGUGGUCUUGAUUGGUGCAGGAUAUUUGGUGUACAAGUAAAUUCUUGAGGCUCGUGUCACUUAAUAAAUUUUCUUUAUGGACUAGGUCGCACAGUUAUUAAAACAACUUUUAAGCCUCCCCCUUCACACACAUACAUAUCAGGUUGUUUUCUAGUUAAAAAUCCAAGUAGCUCAGAUUCUACUUUAAUGUCAGUGCAGAUGUGCAUUGAAUCAUGCCAUUAUAUUUUUUUCUCAUUUUGUUGCUGUUGGGUUUUAGUUUUUAAAUUGAUAUAAAGAACUCAGCAGUGGUUUUAUGUUCUGCUCAUAUUUAGGGUUUAGGAAACAUGACCGCUAGUUAUCAUUUAAUCAGCUUCAGUGGUCUCCUGAAAUAAACAUGAUAACUUUUCAUUAGUGUAUUAUUUGGAGUUACAGUAAUUGUUUCCAGAAAACAUUUCCUCACAAUUGCACUUCCCAAUCAAAUCAUGUGAUCAUACAGUUGUUCCCAUGAAAGGCAGAAUGUUUGUUUCAAAAUUAAUCUAGUUUUCUGUACAUUUAAAUUUGAUUGAGAAGGUGACAACUGGCCCGUUUCCAGUCUUCCUUCAUGUCAGUUUUCUGAUAGACCACUAUUGGCAAACAGUAUCUGUCAACUACCAAAUGUGUAAAAUUUUCUGUAUUUCACUUUGUCUUAUUUGUAAAUAGUGAACUAAAACUUUUGGCAGAUCAGCAACAUUUGCUGAGCCUGUUUUUUAAGCUAAUGUGUAUUCUUACUAAUGUUCCUAUCAAGAAUGGAUUUGUAAUAUAUGCUGUCUAUUUCUAAUGUUCACAUUCAUAUUUUGAGGUUCUAUCUUAUUUUAAUAGAGAACAGACUUCUCAAAAGAUCUUCAGAAGCAGCUUAUUGAAAUAUCAAAAUAUUGAAAUAAACCCGGUGGGGUUAGAUUACUCAUCUGUCCACCAAGUGGGACAUUUGCAUGGACUAGGGGCUUAAAGGACUUAGAAGAGACCUGUAAGUAAAUCCUGAAAAUGAGCCAAUCCCCACUUGAAUGGUUACUGGAGUAAACCCACCUUUCAACCCCAAUUACAGCACCUGAGGCAGAUAAACCAACUUGGCUCUGGUUCAUUUUUCUUCUCUUCAUCUGUGAUGCUCAGAUUGAAAAUGUGUGUUCUACACUGUUACAGGUUUCUCUUUUGUUUGCUUAAAAAUUUUAGUCCUACUUUUGUAUGGACACAUUAGAAUAUACAGAGACCAAAAUAGAAGAAUUUGCCAUUAGAUAUUUUUAAGAUGUCAGCAGAUUUGUGGCAAAUGAUUUAUUUGCCUUUUUAAAAAUUCAGUUUAAGCAGUUCAGAGAGUAGACUACUCAGAAAAUUAUUUGACAUAAUUGUCUAAGAGGUCAAUAUUUUUUAGUGCAUAUUGAAUCAAAUAAAGUGCUCUAAAAAUUAUUAUACAAA